GCUACUGCUAGUUUGUUUACAUGCGUGCAAGUAGCUAGACUUGAAUUCAUGAAAAAGGCAAAGAAGGGCGACCAAAAUGAAAUGAAAUAUUCCUUACAUCCCACCACACCGUCGGCGCUAAUACAUUAACGAAGCAUGGUUCAAAGCUGUAGCCUUUAUAGUUGCAAGACGCGGAGGAGAUCCCUCGUCGAAUCUCUCAUUUUACCGUCAUGCCUCAAUGUGCUGCUUAUGGUUGUCGUAAUCGGCCUGAUGUUGACAACCCUAUGCAGUUUUUUCGUUUCCCCACAAAAGAUGAAAAGCGUAGGAAAGAAUGGAUCAGGGCAACUAGGUGGGAGAACUGGAACCCAUCGCCAAAUGCUCGACUGUGCUCUGCUCAUUUUGAAAGCCGCUACUUUAAUGGUCGUCGAUUAACUUGGAAUGCAGUGCCCACAAUUUUUAAUUUCCCCGGCAGCAAGGCACGAAAGCGCAGGACAGUAACUUUAUUUCCUGAGCAACGGAGCAUUGAGUAUGGCAGCAAUCAAUUGGAUAAAUUUUUUUCCAGGCAGCCUAAUAAGCCUAAACCCAAAUUGCCAGAGAUUGACUGGAGUCAGCUUCCAUGGCAUCCACUUGCGUUUAAUGAUGCCUACUGUAAACCGCUGUGUAUUCCAUGGGAAAAAGACAGCGGACAGAAUGGAGAGGAGAUUCCCUUAGAGAGCCUCCGGAGACAAGGACUUCUGUUCGUUCCCAAACGUGCCAUUAAGAUCAAAGGCAGGUGGGAGUGGUUGGGUGUGGAGGUGAUCGGGCCCCUGCCGGCCACUCGAAGACAGCGCAGGUUUGUCCUGACCGUGCUGGACUUCUACUCCAAAUGGGUGGAACUGUUCCCUAUGGAGACUUGCAGUGGAGAGGAGAUUGCCCAGAACAUCUAUGGCCUGAUGACUGGCACUGGCUACCCUUACGGGUUCCUCUGUAGGAUGGCCCCAAAAUAUGUCCAAGAAGUAAACGGUGCCCUGUGUAAGCUGGUGGGACGUGAAGCCACCUACAUAUUCCGCUACUGUCAGAUGGGCUCUCUGCUUGGAACCAUGAAGGCGCUCGUAGACAAGGUGGUUUUUGAGCUAACGGAGGUGCACCAGGACGAUUGGGAUGUGCGACUCACCGCCGCGGCGUACCGCAUGUGCUGCAGCGUGAACCCAGUCACCCGCCAGAGGCCUCUCUCCCUCCACCGAAGCAAAGACGCUGCGCCGUUCGUGAAGGAACCACGGCAGUUUGUGGUGAAGGAUGGGGGUGAUGUCAGCAACUGCACGUUCAUCCUGAAGGAGCCCGAGGUGGCCCCUCUACGCGUGGUGGACGUGCAGUGUGAGGAGUGCCUUCAUUGGAGCCAGAUCAGCCAGCCUGUAGACGUCCAGGAGUACGAGAGGCGGCGACUAGCAGGGGAGGAGGACGGCUACACCUGCUCCCCCUGCACGGUCCUCAGGGAGGAGAGGGAGAGGGCAAUGAGGGACUUCCUCGCCGAGAACAGCCAUGCAGCUCCAGUAGAAGACACAGUACCGGUUAAGACUGUUGAAAAGAAGGCGAAGAGGGUCCCUGCGGUUGAGGGCAAUGAGCAGGUGGUUGAGGAGGAGAAGUGGUUGAAGAGGAGCAGUAGGGCUGCCAGGUCGCGGCCACGGUGGUGGGAAAAUGUUGUGGAAGAGCAUGGACCUCCGUCUCGGAAAGCAGCACAGAAAACAAAGAGGGGCAAAAAACCCAAACUCAAACCUCAAACUGAAAGGACUGAAAAUCUACCUAAGCCAUCUUUUGUCAACUUGGCUGUUCUUAUCAAGGGGAUUGGAGAUGGAUCACUGCAAUAUUGGCCACCUAAUGAGGUGUGCGUCAGUAUCCCCUGACUGUUAUCAGGCCUGUGAGAGUGAUGGGUACGUGAAAAUACAGGAUCAAAAAGCUGUUGUUCAUUAAGUUCUUGUUGUGCAAGUUUGAAAAGAAAAGUUAUUAUUGAGAUCGAGGUUGUAAUGUUCUGUUCUUGUUUGUUUGUUUUUUGUUUGUUUGUUAUCAGUUUUCAACGGAUGCCACGUUUUAAACCCACUACAAGCAGGUUCAAGCCUGAAUGUGCUUUUUGAAGGGUGAGCAGUGGAUGAGUGUAUUUGUGUUAGUAAUCCACACCUACUAUGGUGCCCACCACUGUCUUAAAUUGAUAGCAAGGUUUUUUUUUUUUCAUGAAGGCUAGGCCUACUGUUUGUCUUAACUUUAUGCAAAAACAUAUUUUUUAAGUUAAGUUUAGACCAAUGGUUCCAAAUAAAAGACUCAAUACAAGAUGAAUGAAGGAUGACACGUC